AUGAGCAUUUAUUACUUUCUCAGAAGAACUAACCAAGAAACGUGUUUGUUUUUGUCCAUAAAAUCCAUUAAAACUAAGGCCCACGAGAGGUUUGAGGAACCCAAGCUUGAGGCUGUAAGUGAGAACAAUGUUGAGCUGGUCCAGGACAUCCUGAAGGAGCUCAACCCGCUCAUACAAAGAAGCCAGGCAGCCGACGAGCUCAUCCGAAUCCUGAAGGAGCCGCACUUCCAGUCUCUCCUGGAGACUCACGAUUCUGUGGCUUCCAAAAACUACGAGACUCCUCCUCCCAGCCCCUGCUCGUUUAUGGACGCAGCCCUCAACAAUCAGCCUGUCCCCCCAGAUGCAGUCAGGAUGGUGGGCAUCCGCAAGGUGUCCGGAGAACACCUGGGUGUGACCUUUCGAGUUGAGAGUGGCGAGCUGGUGAUUGCCAGGAUCCUUCAUGGUGGCAUGAUUGACCAGCAAGGUCUGCUUCAUGUGGGCGACAUCAUCAAGGAGGUGAAUGGCAAGGAGGUGGGCAACGACCCCAAAGUGCUCCAGGAGAUGCUGAAGGAGGCGAGCGGCAGCGUGGUGCUGAAGAUCUUACCCAGCUACCAGGAGCCACACACGCCGAGACAGGCCUUUGUGAAGUGUCACUUCAAUUACGACCCCACUCAUGACAACCUGAUUCCCUGCAAGGAAGCAGGACUCAGCUUCAGCAGCGGAGACAUUCUGCAGAUUUUUAACCAAGAAGACCUCAACUGGUGGCAGGCCUGUCACAUAGAGGGGGGGAGUGCCGGCCUGAUUCCCAGCCAGCUUCUUGAAGAAAAGAGGAAGGCUUUUGUGAAGAGAGAUAUGGAACUCGCUACAACAGGUCCUCUGUGUGCAGGAAUGGGUGGGAAAAAGAAAAAGAAGAUGAUGUAUUUGACCACCAAGAACGCAGAGUUCGAUCGGCACGAGUUGCGGAUUUACGAGGAGGUUGCCAAAGUCCCGCCUUUCAGGAGGAAGACGCUGGUUCUGAUUGGAGCGCAGGGCGUCGGUCGACGUAGCCUGAAGAACAAGCUGCUGGUGUCCGACGCUCAACGCUACGGCACCACCGUCCCCUUCACCUCUAGAAAGCCGAAGGUGGAUGAGCGGGAUGGUCAGAUGUACUCCUUCAUGUCCCGGAGCGAAAUGGAAUGUGACAUCAGAAACGGGCGUUUCUUGGAGCACGGCGAGUAUGACGGGAACCUGUACGGCACAAAGAUCAACUCCAUACACGACGUGAUAGAAUCAGGAAAGAUCUGCAUCCUGGAUGUCAACCCACAGGCUCUUAAAAUCCUGCGGACGUCUGAAUUCCUGCCGUACGUUGUGUUCAUCGAAGCGCCCGACUUUGAAGUCCUCAAAGCUAUGAACAGGUCAGCGAUUGAGUCAGGAGUAGUCACUAAGCAGCUGACGGACUCUGAACUGAAAAGGACAGUGGAUGAGAGCGAGCGCAUCAAGAGAGCCUACGGACAUUACUUUGACCUCUGCAUCAUGAACGACGGGCUGGAAGCAGCCUUCCGAAGUCUACGUGUGGCUCUGGAGAAGCUGUCGACGGAGCGUCAAUGGGUGCCGGUCAGCUGGGUGUUCUGAACGCUGGUCGGUUUCUAUCAGGAGAAGAAGGGGUUCUGCGUCCACGUGGAGCAGCUGAGCAUAAAUCAGUGCAAAAGAUCAGCCUCAUGUAGAGCAUUUUUGUACAAACUGUGUUCCUCUGUUGAGCCCAACGUCAAGCUGUAAUUUGUUUGUCCAAACUGGAAUAAUCUUAUCGAUGUUUGUUCAGGAGGGUUAGAGUUGAGGUGUUCGUGCGUUAGUCCGAGCGUGUGUGUCGUCAGUGGAAGGACCGUUUUAGCCUUUACAAAUCUUUAAUCAAAUCGUUUUCGUAGUGGUUACGUUGGAUGAUCAGGAGAGACGGAGCAAAGGUACCAAAUGUUGCAUUUGUAAUGAAUAAUGCACAUUUUGCCAUUUUAACAUACGGUUGUUUGGAAACGUGUUUAAUCUUAUAGUCUUCUUUGGUUUGGAAGUUAAAUAGCAAUAGAUGAUUUAAAACACAUGCAGUGCAUUUAUC